GCUGGCGGUCGGCUGUCGGCUGGCGCAGUAUCGAAAUCACCUUUCAUUCUGUGAUCAAACGUACCCGUAGUUAGUCGCGCAUCGGGUCUCGCUGCGCGCUAGUUCCUAGGAGACAAGCUUCACCGUCGCGGUCGCGUAGUCGUCGUCGUCCCCGUCUCGGUGCCAAUCGAAAGGGAUUUCGUGUGGCUCGCCGCAGUUAUUGUUUGCCAAAUAGUGCAGGGCGGGUAGUUGCUGGUAGCGGAAUAACAAUUCCUUAGAAUGAAUUGCAGGCUUGUGGUGUGGUUCUGCCUUCUGGUACCGCUGGUUGCGUCGCUGCCCCAGGAAGAAGGCCUACGAUCGUUACUGUUGCGAAGGGGUGGCCGCCCUGGCGCUAAAGUUUACAAACAUGAGGACCUCAGUAGACCUGGUAUUCCGAUAGCCGAUGCUAUUGAAACUAAAUCUGAAGAGGUCAAGACCACGGAAGCCACGACCACCACAACCAGCAGCACUGUAGCGGCUCCAGUUCAGAAGAAGGGUUUGCAUUCUCUAUUAGCCCGCAAAAAGUUUGCCUACUCUCCAAAGGAGGCCAAGGCCAAGGCAACAGAAGAUUCCGCUACUUCGCCAAGCACAACGUUGAAAACUACAACCACUACCGAGUCUCUCGAAAGCUCUUCGGUUUCUUCUGCAGCAACUAGACGAAGCCGCCCAACUCGGCCACCACCGGUAGCUCGAUCCCCUGGAACUAAGGCUAUUCUGACACCACGUGUUCCACGAACCUCCACUAAACGAACAACAACCACAACUGCUGAACCGGAAACCACUUCAGUAACAACACGAACCACGAGACGUCGUGGAGGAGGACGUCCCACUCGUCCUUCGGGUUCAGCGUUCCUAGCGGGGAAAACAUCAACUACUACAACAACCACCACAACCACUUCUACUACGACAACUACUACGCCGGUCCCCACCACAACAACCACAACCACAACCCCUCCACCGCCUUCAUCUACCAGCAGCAGCACAUCAACGUCAACCACCACGACGACCGCUUCAUCUCCGUCCAGUGUGGCGGAAGCGGAUGCAGUCCCGGAAGCUCCAACGGUUGUUUCCACUUCGGAGCUAGCAUCACCCUCUCCCGCGGUAAUCGCACAAACGGUGUCACCAGCACCGACAUCCACGGCUGCCGCCCCCGCUUCCGUCUUGAGCAAUACGAUUCCACUGACGGCCGAAGCCACCGUUGCCAGCGAGGUUGUCGACAAGAAUGUGCGGCUACUGCCAGCUGAACCGGCGCCGGUGGUUGAACCCCAGGUGGAUGAUGUGGCUCCGAUCCACGAGUUAGUUCAAAUUUAAAACGACAGGACGAGUUUGCGCGGAUGAGUGUGCAUGGGGUUGAGAGAAACUAGAAAAAGGAUGAGCUAUGUAUGUUCGUAGAGAAAGCCAAGCGAACGAGUGCAAUUUGGUGGAUGUUAGCGGUUCUGAUUUCCGUCCGAAUUUUUAUUUAAUCUCAAACUAUAGGCUGUUGCUAAUCACCGCCAGCACUUGUUUCGCUUGUCCCGGCACGGUAUGUUUGAAUAAAGUUUCCUUUUUUUGUGAAUAUAUGAUUUCAAUAAAUCGACUUUGGAGUAUUUUA